CUGUUUUAUUCAUACCCAUGUAUUUCUUCUUCUAAGAAUUCAACCUUAGCUAUGUCAGUGAUGUUGUUUUGGCCUUUGUUUCUUAUGUUCUAGUUGAAAACUUUGAACUUUUUGAGUGUUGAAUGCUGUCUCUUAUAUAUCACAAGAAUAGGAAAACAAAGAUUUGAGGAUGCUGAAUGUCUGUUAUGUGAAAAAAGAGUUUUGUAACAGUUAUACUCUCACAGUUAUGGUUUGAAAGAAUUAUCUUUUUUUGUGGUCCUAUGCUGUUAAACCUGUUCCUAUCAAUAGGGCAAUUGGAUAAAUUGAAUUUUUUUUUCCUUUAUGGAAUGGGGAAAUUGGCAAAUAUUGAAUGUUAUUGUUAUCCAUUACAGUCUUCUCGGUUUUUCUAGUUUGUUUGUGUCUGAGAGGUCCCUGUCCUCUAUUAUAAGUUUAUAACUCUACAACCCUAAUUACCUUCACAUCAAUUUCUGAUUUUUUUCCCCCUUUUUCAUUAUUAUUAUUAUUAUUUUCCACUUGCUUUAAAACACCAUAUAUUUCAUCUAUGUAUUUAUUAUUCUUGUCACUAGUCAGAUUUUUCUCGUGUUCUAACUUUACUCUUUCCUGCCUUUUCUUUCAUCAAUAGGGUAAGCAAUUCACAAAAUCUUGGAGCAAAAUCACCCUUGAAAUUCACAUACAUCAAGAGAGUAUUGGGGGUUUUUAUUGGUUUUGAACACUGUCAGAUUCCUGGCAUUUUCUGUUGGCUCUGGUUCAGAACUUUACAGUGUAGGCCAACAUGUAUGGUCCAAUAAUUUAGCAAUUGAUAGAACAAGCCAAAGUGUUUGUGGCAUUUAACAUGUGUUGACCUAGAUUUGUGGAGCUGUUAGAUACAGACCUUUACUCUCCUUUGUGAAUCUAACAAAACCAGAUGGCUGGUGAUGAAGUAGGUAGUAGCUCUGAGUGGAGCUUUGAGCAGGAUAAAGCAUUUGAGAAUGCCUUGGGUACUUACCCUGAGGACGAUCUGGAUCGAUGGGAGAAGAUUGCUGCCGAUGUAACUGGGAAGACUUUGGAAGAGGUUAAACAACACUAUGAGCUUCUGGUUGAUGAUGUCAACUUAAUUGAAUCUGGGCGUGUGACUCUACCGGCUUAUAAUUCUACUUCAGAAGGCUCAACAGGCAAUGCUAGUGAUGAAGGAGCUGGCAAGAAGGGUGGCCAACCUUGGAAUUCAAACAGCGAGUCUAAUAAUGGAUCUAAGGCUUCAAGAUCAGAUCAGGAACGGCGCAAGGGUAUUGCUUGGACAGAAGAUGAACACAGGUUAUUUCUUCUUGGAUUGGAGAAGUAUGGAAAGGGUGACUGGCGAAGUAUAUCGAGGAAUUUUGUGGUGACAAGAACUCCUACACAAGUAGCAAGCCACGCCCAAAAAUAUUUCAUUCGUUUGAACUCGAUGAACAAAGAUCGAAGGCGAUCAAGCAUACACGAUAUCACCAGUGUGAACAAUGGAGACGUGUCGGCACCUCAAGGACCAAUCACCGGUCAAACGAAUGGUUCAGCUGGAAAUUCCACGGGAAAGUCACCAAAACAAGGCCCUCCAACCCCAACCGGUCCUCCAACUGUAGGACUGUUUGGUGCUCCGACCAUUGGACAACCGAUAGGAGGAGGACCCCUUGUGUCUGCAGUUGGCACGCCAGUGAAUGCACACAUGGCUUAUGGUGUCCGAGCUCCAGUUCCCGGGGCUCCGAUGAACAUGGGUGCUGUGGCAUACCCCAUGCCCCCAACAUCUCAUAGGUGAUGUGCUGUUGUGAGGCCUAAUGUACAGAAAAACAGCAAAUAGAUAUGGCUUCUGAAUUUUAUUGUUCUUUUCAUUUGACAAUUAUUUGAAAUAAGCAACACCAUGGAUGAAGCAAUUUAAUGUUAUCUGUUUUGGAAGCAGUUGACAGCAUAGAAGUAGAGUGGUUUCAUAGACAAUUUUAGCUUAUUAUUUUUAGUCAUAAUCAUAAUAUAUAUUAAAAUUGUGGAUAUGUCUUGUAUUUCGGUAAGGUGUAUAAGUUGCCAGUUGCCACAUAAUGUUCUUGAUCAAACUUACAUUUCAUUCAUUGAAUUAAAUUUAUAGAUUACAGUGGAUGAAUGAGAUGUGAGUCAGACAAUGUAUUUCACUUGUAAUAUGUUGUAACGCUUAUACUUAUAGUACAUAAUAUAAGAAGAUCCCC